AAAAACCUUACUUUCACCAGAAACAGAUACUGGUACUCCAAACCAACCAAAACCAAACUACGUCUCUAUUCUCUACCCAUCUAUAUGUAUAUAUCAAAAAACCCAGACCAAACCCAUCAACACUUAGCUUUCUUCCUCUGAAAUGGUUAUGGGUAAUAAUAAUCCUUCAUCUUCACCCGAGUUAGAUUUUGAGAACCUCAAAGCCAUCAAAAUCCUUGGCGAAGGAGCCAUGGGGCGUGUCUUCCUCGUGCACCACACGUCGACGGAUCCCACCGCCCGUUCCACCUUUGCCCUCAAGGUUGUCCAGAGAUCCCGACGUGACGCUGACCGUCGAGCCCGUUGGGAAAUGGAGGUCUUGGCCAGGCUUUCCUCUCCCGACCCAACUCUUCACCACCCAUUUCUCCCUCGUCUUUUGGGUCGCCUUGAAACUCCCGACCUUAUUGCCUGGGCUGUCCCUUACUGCCCUGGCUCCGACCUCAACGUCCUUCGUUAUCGUCAACACGACCGCGUUUUCUCCGCCGCUGUCAUCCAGUUUUACCUGGCUGAGAUCCUCUGCGCUCUCGACCACCUUCAUUCACAGGGCAUCGUUUACCGAGACCUCAAGCCUGAAAACAUCCUCAUUCAACAAUCGGGUCACGUCACUUUAACUGAUUUCGACCUUUCACGAAACUUAAAGAAGAAGCAAUCAUCACACCCUGAAAAUGUAUUUCUCGACAAGAAGGAUCCCAAUUCAUUGCCUGCUAUUCCGUUUCAACGUAAACAUCGCAUAAGCUUCGCCCAAUGGGUCCCUGUCGUGGAUGAUAAAAAACAUGGCAAAGCUCAUAAUAAAAAACCAAAAUCUUCUCGAGUCAGCCCAGUGAGUCGGAGGAAGCUCAGUUUCUCAAACGGGGAACGUUCAUACUCGUUCGUGGGCACGGAGGAAUACAUCUCACCUGAAGUAGUACUCGGGGACGGACAUGGAUUCGCCGUCGAUUGGUGGGCACUUGGAAUACUAAGCUACGAGAUGUUCUACGGUACGACACCCUUCAGAGGGAAGAACCGCAAGGAGACGUUUCGAAACGUUUUGUACAGAGUGCCGGAGUUCAUGGGACCACGGAACGAUUUGACGGAUUUGAUCGGACGGUUAUUGGAGAAGGAUCCGACAAAAAGACUAGGAUAUCACAGAGGAGCGUGCGAGAUCAAGGAGCACGCGUUCUUUAGAGGGGUCAUGUGGGACCUCUUAACGAGUGUGUCACGACCGCCGUUCAUUCCGUCAACAGAAGACGACGGCUCGACGGAGAAAGUAGUGCCGGGACAAAUAGAUAUAUUGGAAUAUUAUGAGAGUUUAAAGUCUCCGUUGUUGAUGCCACAGUCAAAAUCACCGUCACCGGAGCACAGACGAAACUAUUCUUUCACGGUGUACUAGUGCACUUGUGAGGUAUUGUAUGCACGUGUAAGGCUGAGCUAGAUAAAUUUAAAAUUUAUUGUUUAACUUUUUCGUUUUGUAAGACUAGUGUACAUAGAGUAAGGGUAGCAACGCGAAAAAUG